GACCUUAAUAACCAGUGGAGUGAGUGACAAACAGAUCUCAACACUAUCUCGACAUCAACGGCACAUCAAAAUCGUCGUCGACUUUGCAGGCGACGACCAAAACCCCAGCUCGCUACGAUCACCGGAUCUCGUUCCAACCGCCAUGGCAUUCUCCACCCGCCGCGGCGCCGGCGGAUGGGCGCAGUCUCUCCUCCCCACCGCCGCCACAAAAUCCCCAUCCAAGCAGCCGCGGAAGUCGCGGAGGCGCACCACCGCCGCCUUCCGCGAUUUCAUCCUCGCCAAUUUCUUCACAAUCGGACUCUGCGUCACCUUCUUCUUCUUCCUCUUCGUUCUGUUCCGAUUCGCCGCCGUCCCCGGGCCGUUGCAGUUGCGAUCGGCGACGGCGCGCGGGCGCGCCGCCCGGCCUCGGAAGCCGGUCGUGCAUAAGUCGCCGAAUAGGACUAUUUUGGCGGCGGAUGUGGAUAUCACUACUAAGGAUCUGUAUGAUAAGAUCCAGUUUCUGGAUGAGGACGGUGGGCCGUGGAAGCAGGGGUGGCGCGUGAGUUACAAGGGUCAUGAGUGGGAUGAUGAGAAAUUGAAGGUGUUUGUGGUGCCGCAUUCGCAUAAUGAUCCUGGAUGGAAGCUCACUGUUGAAGAAUAUUACGAGAAGCAGUCCAGACAUAUUCUCGACACUAUUGUGGAAACGCUUUCCAAGGAUACUCGGAGAAAGUUUAUAUGGGAAGAGAUGUCUUAUUUAGAGAGGUGGUGGAGGGAUGCUUCAGAAGCGAAAAGAGAAUCCUUCACCAAUUUAGUCCAGAAUGGUCAGCUGGAAAUUGUUUCAGGUGGAUGGGUUAUGAAUGACGAGGCUAAUUCACAUUUUUUUGCUAUCAUUGAACAGAUGACAGAGGGAAACAUGUGGUUGAAUGAAACUGUUGGGGUUAUUCCUAAGAAUUCAUGGUCAAUUGAUCCAUUUGGCUAUUCAUCCACUAUGGCUUAUCUUCUCCGUCGCAUGGGAUUUGAAAACAUGCUUAUACAUAGAACACAUUAUGAGUUGAAGAAGGAGUUGGCAUGGAAUAAGAAACUGGAGUAUGUAUGGAGGCAGAGCUGGGAUUCUGAUGAAUCAACUGAUAUAUUUGUCCACAUGAUGCCCUUUUAUUCUUAUGAUAUUCCACACACCUGUGGGCCAGAUCCUGCUGUGUGUUGCCAAUUCGACUUCGCUCGAAUCCGUGGAUUUAUGUAUGAGCGUUGUCCCUGGGGACAACAUCCUGUGGAGACCGACCAUGAAAAUGUUAGGGAGAGGGCACUUCUGUUGUUGGAUCAAUAUAGGAAGAAAUCCACGCUUUACCGAACCAACACAAUCCUUAUUCCCCUUGGUGAUGAUUUUCGCUACAUCAGCAUUGAUGAAGCAGAAGCUCAGUUCAGGAACUACCAAAUGCUGUUUGAUUAUAUUAAUUCUGAUCCUGGCUUGAACGCUGAAGCUAAAUUUGGCACUUUGGAUGACUAUUUCCGUACCAUGCGUGAAGAGGCUGACAGAAUAAAUUAUUCUGUUACUGGUGAAAUUGGCUCUGGUGAAAUUGGUGGUUUCCCUUCUUUAUCAGGUGAUUUCUUUACAUAUGCUGACAGAAGUCAAGAUUAUUGGAGUGGCUAUUAUGUAUCAAGGCCUUUCUUCAAGGCUGUUGACCGAGUGUUGGAGCAGACACUCCGCGGUGGAGAAAUGAUAAUGUCAUUUUUAUUAGGUUAUUGCCAAAAAGCGCAAUGUGAGAAGUUGCCCACUAGUUUUUCAUACAAGUUGAUUUCUGCUAGAAGGAACUUAGCUCUUUUCCAGCAUCACGAUGGCGUCACUGGUACAGCCAAGGAUCAUGUGGUUGAAGACUAUGGGACGCGAAUGCAUAUGGCUUUGCAAGACUUGGAAAUUUUUAUGUCUAAGGCUAUUGAGGUUCUCCUUGGAAUUCGCCAUGAAAAAAAUGAUCAGCUUGCUGCUAAUUUUGAGCCAGCACAAAUGCGGUCUAGAUAUGAUGUUCAGCCUGUGCAUAAAGCAAUUAGUGCCCGUGAAGGUACAGUCCAGACUGUGGUUCUCUUUAACCCAUUGGAGCAAACAAGAAAUGAGGUGGUGAUGGUGGUUGUUGAGAGACCCGAUGUGACAGUUUUGGACUCAAACUGGACAUGUGUCAAGAGCCAGAUCUCUCCUGAACUGCGCCAUGACAAUAACAAAAUAUUUUCGGGGAGACACCGCCUGUACUGGAAAUCUUCUGUCCCAGCCAUGGGAUUGCAGACUUAUUAUGUUGCUAAUGGGUUUGUUGGAUGUGAGAAAGCCAAACCAGCUAGUCUGAGAAUUUUCGCUCCAUCAAAGAAGCUUUCAUGCCCUGCCCAUUAUGCUUGCUCGAAUAUUGACAGUGACACAGUGGAAAUUAGCAAUCAACAUCAGACACUCUCUUUCAAUGUAAGUCAUGGACUUCUGCACAAAAUAAGUCACACAGAUGGUCGCAUGAAUUUUGUUGGUGAAGAAAUAGGUAUGUAUUCUAGCAGAGAGAGUGGGGCUUACCUCUUCAAACCAAAUGGUGAUGCUGAGCCUAUCACUCAAGCCGGUGGAACAAUGGUGAUCUCAGAGGGCCAUUUGGUAAGGGAAGUGUACUGUUAUCCUAAAACAUCAUGGGAGAAAUCGCCAAUUUCCCACAGCACUCGCUUGUAUAAUGGGGAAAGUACAAUACAGGAAUUUGUGGUUGAGAAAGAGUAUCACGUUGAGCUUCUUGGUCAAGAAUUAAUUGAUAAGGAAAUCAUAGCAAGGUAUAAGACGGAUGUCAAUAAUAAGAGGAUCUUUUACACUGAUCUAAACGGCUUUCAGAUGAGCCGCAGGGAAACUUAUGACAAGAUACCUCUGCAGGGAAAUUACUACCCAAUGCCCUCUCUUGCAUUUAUGCAAGAUGUAAACGGAGAGCGCUUCUCUAUACAUACUAAACAGUCCUUGGGUGUGGCAAGCUUGAAAAAUGGGUGGUUGGAGAUCAUGCUUGAUCGCCGACUUCAGAACGAUGAUGGCCGUGGCCUGGGUCAAGGGGUGUUGGACAACCGUCCUAUGAAUGUGCUUUUCCACAUCCUGUUGGAACCUAACAUUUCAUUACCUGCUGAUCCUGUUUCGAACCCUCGCCCUUCGAGUCCCUCUCUUCUAUCUCAUGUGGUCGGUGCUCACCUGAACUAUCCAAUUCAUGGGUUCAUUGCUAAAAGCCCUGAACCAAUAUCUGUGCAGCCCCCUCCUAGAUCAUUUUCUCCAUUGGCGGCUUCUCUCCCAUGCGAUUUGCAUAUCUUGAACUUUAAGGUUCCCCGACCUCAGAAAUACACUCAGCUCCCCAUAGGAGAGCCCAAAUUUGCUCUCAUUGUGCAAAGGCGGCAUUGGGAUAAUUCAUACUGUCGAACCGCCAGGUCACAGUGCUCAACUAUAGCUGACGAACCGAUCAAUAUGUUUGACAUGUUCCAGGGGAUGAAUGUUGCGAGUGCAAAAGCGACUUCUGUUAAUCUGCUACACGAUGAGACUGAAGAUCUUGGCUAUAAUGAGCAGUUCGGAAAUGGCGCUCAAGAAGGCCACAUCCUUAUCCCUCCCAUGGAAAUACAGGCGUACAUGCUGCAGAUAAAGCCUGUGCAAUAGAUGCUGCUGUCAUAUAAAUUAUAGAACAUGUUCCUGCUAUCGGUUUGCAACUUCCCGUUUGUGAGAAGUAGAUCUCUCCAAACUGUAACGUUCAACCUAAGUCGGAAAUCUUGAAGCACAUGCUGCUGGAAGUUUUGUAGAAAUACUCGUCAGCCCCUUCGGGUUGUAUGAUGGAGCAUCUAACUGGUUAUAAGCUGGCUAUCCCACUAGUCUAAUAGAUUAUGUAGAGAUGUGUACUGUAUAUUCUCAGGCAGAGACCAUUUGUUGGCAAAAAUGGGAUAUAUAUUUUACUCGUAUUGAAUGUCCACAAAUGCUUAUAGAUGAGAUGAGAUGAGAUGAGAUGUGUAUUAUAUAGACACUUGCAAUUGUUGGAAAUUACUCAGCCUUUUUUUAGUGUA